CUGGCCCGGAGCCUGGGGGGCGGCUGAGGGCCUUAUAAAGCCCCAAUCACCAGGGCCCCAAGCACUCCCGUAGAUCAGCCUGCCUGCCCUGCUGUGCCUCCUUGCGAUUCCUGGGACAGAGCCCUCCCCCACCUAGUGAAUGAGCCACAAGACCUCCUCUACCUUCCGAGCGGAACACAGUUUCCACUCUUCCUCAUCUUCUUCAUCCUCCUCAGCCUCCCACAACCCUCCUGCUCGGGACCUGCCCAUGGAGAAGGCUCUGAGCAUGUUUUCUGAGGAUUUCGGCAGCUUCAUGCGGCCCCACACUGAGCCUUUGGGCUUUCCAGCCCGAUCUGGGGGUACAGGCAAUAUCAAGACCCUGGGAGACUCCUACCAGUUCGCAGUGGACGUGAGCGAUUUCUCCCCAGAAGAUAUCAUUGUCACCACAUCCAACAACCAGAUUGAGGUUCGAGCUGAGAAGCUGGCCCCAGAUGGCACUGUCAUGAAUACCUUCACCCACAAAUGCCAGCUCCCAGAAGAUGUGGACCCCACAUCCGUGACCUCAGCCCUGGGCGAUGACGGGAGCCUCACCAUCCGUGCCCGACGCCACCCCCACCCGGAGCAUGUGCAGCAGACCUUCCGAACUGAGAUCAAAAUUUGAGGGGCUACAUCCUGGAGCCUCUCUGGCCUGCCCAAGGGGAGUGUUCUCCUCUACUUUCCCCCCACUAACAGGCCCGAUAAAAAAGCUUUCAUUCUCUCCUCUUCAUCCCCAACUUGGCUGGGGCUUGGAUGGAGCUCUGGGUUCCAUGUCUUAGAUCUUGGUUCUGGGAUCUCAGUUCCAAGCCUCUCAUCUCCACUCCCCAACCCUGGUUCCAGCUCCCCUUCUGUGACCCCUGGUGGGUCACUCCAGAAGCCCAGGGCACUUGAUUUAGAUUGGGGUGGAAACUGUGAUCCUCUUUACCACCCCUAGGGCAGGCCUACCCCUGUACCCCAUGUAAGUUCUAGAUCAAUACAUUGGGACUCAUGCUUAGUUGGCUCUGGGUGCUAGAUCUGGACAGCUUAGAGCAGAACCUCUCUCAAGGGAGUGUUCUUAACUUCUAGGGUAAGAAACUUGGAGGGAAGAGGGAGCUUUGGAGAAGGGAUUUGGUUUCUGGGAUUUGGGACAGCAUUGAGACUAAUGGAAAAUAUUCUUAGUGCAUCCUUCAGUCUUUUCUGGGCUCCAGAUAUAUGGAGGAAACCGAAGUAGGAAUGAGGGGUCCCUCAGCACCGUGUGUAAACUAAGACUCUUUCCCUUUUUCUUAGGACUGGGAGUCAAAUAUGGAUAGAGACCCAUUCAAGGGAGGUGGCGGGGGGGGGGGUCUCUUGGGAAGUUCUGAGACUUGGCCUAAGCUGACUCUCUUCUCCCAUUCAAUCCCCUGAAAAGUGGAUUGUGUUUGUCCCAGUACCCAACAGAGUGCUAAGAAAGGGAAGAGGCCAGUAGUCCCAGCGAUCAAUCAACAAGCAAUUUUUAAGUAUCUUUUAUGUCAUGGUUACCCCUUCUCCCAUCACCAGUGACCCUGUGUCCUUAAAACAUCCUAGGUCAAUGAAAGAGCCCUGGACUUGAAGCCAGAGGACCUUAGCUCAGAUCUCAAAUCUGCUCUUGGUCACCUAUGUGACCUUGACCAUGUCUCCUAACCCUUCUAGCCUCAGUUUCCUCAGUUGUAAAUUGGGUCAGACUAUAGUAGCUCUAAGGUCCUUUCUCAUUCUCCAGUCUAUGCUCCUUUAGAGUGGAUCCCAAUUCUACAAUCUGACUUGGACUUGCCAUGAUGCGCCAGCUGGGCCUCCCUCCAUCCCCACAGCCUUCCAUCUGCCCCCUGCAUCCCCACCCCCAGCAGCAUUGCUCUGGAUCUCUGGGGAUCUGCACCUCACUCUGGCCAUAGGGAUGCAUGGAGACCUCCACGUACAGUAUCCUCUCCUUGUUAGGUCCCAAACCCAUUGUCCCCAGCCUCCCCGGUCUUUUCCCUGGCCAAUGUCUAUAAACCCAGCUAGACAGUGCAGUCCCUUCUGGCUUUACCAUCUGAUGAGCCUGUGGUGGGAGGGGAGGGGAGACCAUAGGGAUGGCAAGAGUCCACUUACUGUGGACAAAUAAGACUAAUCCUAAGAACAUAUCAUUUUACAAAGCACUUCCCUCACAAAAGCCCUAGGAGGUAGGCAGGGCAAUUAUUCCUCCCUCUAUUUUUUAGAAGAGGAAACUGAGGCUUAAUGUUAGGAUAGAUCCAUGUAUCUAAGCUAGCACUCAAACCCAGGCCUCCUGACCUCAAGGCCAAUCCCCUUCAGUCUAUACCAGAUUCCAGGGUCAUCACACAACCUCCUCCAUCUCCCAGCCCAACCUCAGCCCUGGGCUCCCUGGCCCCCUCUCUCUUCCAGGCUCCGAGUCAUCUCCUGGGGCUCUUACCCCAGCCACCACCUAUGCCCUGGAGCAGGGGGAGCAGCCUAUCAGUAUCCUGUCUGUAUAUAGGGAUUUUUCUAACCUGGGUUGGUUCCUGAUAAAUUAUUUAUGACUGCUGCUGUCUAGUGCCUAAUGGUCUCGGCCUCAGCCCCUUGAGAAAUAAUAAGAGCCAGAAUUAACGUUUGUGCAGUACUCUAAGGAUCGAAACCAGCUUUACUUAGGUUAUUCCAUGUCAGACUCACAAUAGCCCUGUGAGAAAGAGACUAUGGAGGACAGGGAAGGGAAUAAACAUUUAUUUAUACAGUG